AUGCAGAAUUUCACUGUCCUGAAAAAUCUACUGAGGAGCAGGGCUCUUCCUUUCUUGGUGCAUAAUUUUGAUAAUGAAGCCUGCUUUCACAGAAGGGGCACCAGCGUGUACAAGGAUGGAGACGUGGUGAUUGGGGGAUUCUUCUCCCUCUACUUCUAUGGGUACUACACUCAUAUGCUUUCACUAAAGCCAGUGAAAGACUUCUUUGCUGUGCCGCUUACGCUGAGCAACUACCAGAGUUUUCUGGCCUUCAUUUUUGCCAUAGAAGAGAUCAACAGAGAUCUUCAUCUUUUACCCAACAUAUCUCUGGGCUACGAGUUCCAUAAUUUCCUUUACAGUCACUGGAGGAUACUGGAGAGUUCUCUCAUUUUGCUCACAGGGCAGGAUGAGAUCCCCAAUUACUCCUGUAGGAGAAAGAGCAAGUCUGUCGCAGUGCAAGGAACAUCAUGGGCAACCUCUCCUCAAAUUGGACCACUGCUGGAGCUCUACAAGUUUCCACAGGUUACUUUCGGUUCUUUUGAUCCUAUGCUUAGAGACACUGCCCAGUUUCCUUCUCUCUAUCAGGUAGCUCAAAAGGACACAUCACUGGCCCUUGCCAUGGUCUCCUUGAUGAUUCAUUUCAGGUGGACCUGGGUGGGACUUCUCAUUACAGAAGGCCAGAAAAGUCUUCAGUUUCUCUCAGAUAUAAAAGCAGAGAUGGACAGGAAUGGCGUCUGUGUUGGAUUUCUACAAAUGAUCUCAAAUCCUCUUAUGUCAUAUGUCUCAAAUAUGCAGCACAAAAAUAGCCUGAUCAAGGAACCAAUGUCAGUAAAUGUGGUUAUUAUUUACUAUGAUAGUGACGGUCUAAAUGAAGUCGAUGUUGAUAUCCGGCAAUAUUUAGUGACUUGGGGAGUCUGGGUGACAAACUCCCAAUGGCAUGCUGACAUGGCUGGGAGAAAUUUCAUCCUUGACUCAUUCCACGGGACUCUUAUUGUUUCACAGCACCACGAGGAGAUUCCUGGUUUCAAAAAUUUUGUCCAGACAGCUAAUCCUCCCAAAUACCCAGAAGACACUUACCUCACUAUGUACUGGUUCCAGAAUUUCCAUUGCUCUUUCUCUGACUCUGAUUGAGAACUGAAGGACUGUGCACCCAAUGCCUCUUUGGUGCAGCUGCCUGUGAAUCGUUUUGACACAGCCAUGAGUGACGGGAGUUACAAUAUAUACAAUGCCGUGUAUGCUGUGGCCUACGCUCUCCAUGAGAUGCUCCUACAGCAAGGACAAAGGGCACUCGUGGAAACCAGAGAAGCAAUGGUGUUUUCCCCCUGGCAGCUGCACCCUUUUCUGAAGAACACACAAUUUAACAAUCCUGUUGGAGACCAAGUGAACUUGGAUGACAGAAGGAAACUGGAUGUAGAAUAUGACAUUUUGAACUUCUGCAAUUUUCCAGAAGGCCUUAGACUUAAGGUCAAAGUAGGAACAUUUUCCCUACAUGUUUCACUUGAUCAAAGAUUAUCUGUAUCUGAAAAUAUGAUCGAGUGGGCCAGAGCAAUUACAGAGACUCCCCGCUCGGUGUGCAGUGAGAGUUGCAAUCCUGGAUUUAGGAAAAGCCCUCAGGAGGGAAAGGCUGCCUGCUGUUUUGACUGUACCCCUUGUGCAGACAAUGAGAUCGCCAAUGGCACAGACAUGGAGCAGUGUGUGAGGUGUCCAGAUCAUCAGUAUGCCAACAUUCACCAAAACCACUGCCUCCAAAAGUCUGUGACGUUUCUGGCUUAUGAAGACCCCAUGGGGAAGAUCCUGGCUGGCACAGCCUUGAGCUUCACUGUCCUCACAGCUGCUGUCCUUGGGCUCUUUGUGAAGCACCGAGACACUCCCAUUGUCAAGGCCAACAACCGGGCCCUCAGCUACACCCUGCUCAUCUCCCUCACCUGCUGCUUCCUCUGCUCCUUGCUCCUGGCCCUGCUGAGCUUCACCGUGGCUUUCCUGGCCAGGAACCUGCCUGACACGUUCAAUGAAGCCAAGUUCCUGACGUUCAGCAUGCUGGUGUUCUGCAGCGUGUGGGUCACCUUCCUCCCCGUGUACCACAGCACCAAGGGGAAGGUCAUGGUGGCCAUGGAGGUCUUCUCCAUCUUGGCCUCCGGUGCGGGGCUGCUGGGCUGCAUCUUUGUCCCCAAGUGCUAUAUUAUCCUGUUAAGACCAGAAAGAAACUGUCUGCAUAAGUUCCGACAUAAAAAACAUUCUGGGAUCCCUAGGCCUUCUUAA